GCGCGCACGGACGGUGGUUGUGCUGGUCCUAGGGCGGCGGCCGCCUCCGCAGGAGCACCCGGGGCUGAGGGGGCCGACGCGGCCGGACGAACUGGGGAUGGGGAGGACCGAGCCCCGCACCUCUCCCGGUCGCGCGUGCUGCUCCGGGGGUGCACAGUGACGGCUGCGGCGCCCCUGGCCGGGCAGCGCUGAGGCCGCUUCGCCAAGGGAGCCUUCGGCCGGCGGCGGGCCGGGCCAUGAGGAGCGGCCGGGGCCGGGCCAGGCCUCGCUGAUCCCGGCCCCGCGCGGAAGCCUUCUCCGUUUCCGCUCCGGCCUCUCGGCAUGAGUGUCCGCUUGGGCCGGGGGCCGCGGCUGCCCCAGUCCGGCGGCCCGCGGGCGCGCUCCGGGUCGGCGGGCUCGCGGUGCUGAGCCCGGCCCGCCCCGCUGCCGCUGCCCGCCCGCCCGCCCGCCCGCUGUAUGCCCCGGGGGCGCGGCCAUGGAGGUGGUGGGCGACUUCGAGUACAGCAAGAGGGACCUCGUGGGACACGGGGCCUUCGCCGUGGUCUUCCGGGGGCGGCACCGCCAGAAAACGGAUUGGGAGGUAGCUAUUAAAAGUAUUAAUAAAAAGAACUUGUCAAAAUCACAAAUACUGCUUGGGAAGGAAAUUAAGAUCUUAAAGGAACUUCAGCAUGAAAAUAUUGUAGCACUCUAUGAUGUUCAGGAAUUACCCAACUCUGUCUUUCUGGUGAUGGAGUACUGCAAUGGUGGAGACCUGGCAGAUUAUUUGCAAGCUAAAGGAACUCUCAGUGAAGAUACUAUUAGGGUGUUUCUGCAUCAGAUCGCAGCUGCCAUGCGGAUUCUGCACAGCAAAGGAAUAAUCCACAGGGAUCUCAAACCCCAGAACAUCUUGCUGUCAUAUGCGAAUCGCAGAAAAUCCACCGUCAGUGGUAUUCGCAUCAAAAUAGCGGAUUUUGGGUUUGCCCGUUACCUGCAGAGUAACAUGAUGGCUGCAACACUGUGUGGGUCCCCAAUGUACAUGGCUCCUGAAGUUAUUAUGUCUCAACAUUAUGAUGCUAAGGCAGACCUGUGGAGCAUAGGAACAGUGAUAUAUCAAUGCCUAGUUGGAAAACCACCUUUUCAGGCCAAUAGUCCUCAAGACCUCAGGAUGUUUUAUGAAAAAAACAGGAGCUUAAUGCCUAGUAUUCCCAGAGAAACAUCACCUUACUUGGCUAAUCUCCUCUUGGGUUUGCUUCAGAGAAACCAGAAAGAUAGAAUGGACUUUGAAGCAUUUUUUAGCCAUCCUUUUCUUGAACAAGUUCCAGUGAAAAAAUCCUGCCCAGUUCCAGUGCCCGUGUAUGCUGGCUCCGUCUCUGGGAGCUCCUGUGGCAGCUCUCCAUCCUGUCGCUUUGCCUCUCCACCGUCCCUUCCAGAUAUGCAGCAUAUUCAGGAAGAAAACUUAUCCUCCCCACCAUUGGGUCCUCCCAACUAUCUACAAGUGUCCAAAGAUUCUGCCAGUACUAGUAGCAAGAACUCUUCUUGUGACACGGAUGACUUUGUUUUGGUUCCACACAACAUCUCGUCAGACCACUCAUAUGAUAUGCCGAUGGGAACUGCUGGCAGACGUGCUUCAAAUGAGUUUUUGGUGUGUGGAGGUCAGUGUCAGCCCACUGUGUCGCCUCACAGUGAGACAGCACCAAUUCCAGUUCCUACUCAGAUAAGGAAUUACCAGCGCAUAGAACAGAAUCUUACAUCUCCUGCCAGCUCUGGCACAAAUCUACAUGGUUCUCCAAGAUCUGCAGUGGUACGAAGGUCCAACACCAGCCCACUGGGCUUCCUCCGGCUGGGAUCCUGCUCCCCGGCACCCGCAGACACAGUGCAGACAGUCGGACGAAGACUCUCCACUGGGUCUUCCAGGCCUUACUCACCUUCCCCUUUAGUUGGGACCAUUCCAGAGCAGCUGAGUCAGUGCUGCUGUGGGCAUCCUCAGGGUCACGAAUCCAGGAGUAGAAACUCAUCAGGUUCCCCAGUGCCACCGGCUCCGUCACCGCAGUCUAUCCUGUCGGGCGCUAGGCUGCAGAGCGCCCCGACCCUCACCGACAUCUACCAGAACAAGCAGAAACUCAGAAAGCAGCACUCGGACCCCGUGUGCCCGUCCCACGCCGGGGCUGGGUACAGCUACUCACCUCAGCCCAGUCGGCCCGGCAGCCUCGGAACCUCUCCCACCAAGCACACGGGGUCCUCUCCUCGCAGUUCCGACUGGUUCUUUAAAACUCCUUUACCAACCAUCAUUGGCUCUCCUACUAAGACCACAGCUCCUUUCAAAAUACCUAAAACACAAGCGUCUUCCAACCUGCUAGCCUUGGUGACUCGUCACGGGCCCUCUGAAGGGCAGACUAAAGACGGGAGUGACCCACGGGAGUGCCCUCAUUGUCUCCUAGCUCAAGGCGGCGAGAGGCAGAAGCCUGAGCAGCAGAACAAAGCGGUGUUUGGCAGAUCUGUCAGUGCUGGGAAAUUAUCAGACCAACAAGCGAAGAUACCUUUAGGCGGACAUCAGGGCAGCACGGACAGUUUAAAUACAGAACGACCAAUGGAUAUAGCCCCUGCAGGAGCUUGUGGUGGUGGACUGGCACCUCCUAUAGGAACAGCAGCAAGUUCCAGAGCUGUCCUGUUCACUGUAGGAUCUCCUCCACACAGUGCCACGGCCCCCACUUGUACCCAUAUGGUCCUUCGAACAAGAACAACCUCAGCUGGCUCCAGCAGCCCCGGGGGCUCCCUGUGCUCCGCCAGCGGCCGCGUGUGUGUGGGCUCCCCGCCGGGGCCCGGUUGGGGGGCUUCCCCUCCAGGAGCCGAGGCCGCUCCCAGCCUGAGAUACAUGCCAUAUGGUGCUUCACCCCCCAGCCUGGAGGGGCUCGUCACCUUUGAAGCCCCGGAGCUGCCGGAGGAGACACUGAUGGAGAGAGAACACACAGACACCUUACGCCACCUCAACGUGAUGCUGAUGUUCACGGAGUGCGUGCUGGACCUGACCGCUGUGCGAGGCGGCCACCCGGAGUUGUGCACAUCUGCUGUCUCCUUGUACCAGAUCCAGGAGAGUGUGGUCGUGGACCAGAUCAGCCAGUUGAGCAAAGACUGGGGGCGCGUGGAGCAGCUGGUGUUAUACAUGAAAGCCGCACAGCUCUUAGCAGCCUCUCUGCAUCUGGCCAAAGCCCAGAUCAAGUCCGGGAAGCUGAGCCCGUCCACGGCUGUGAAACAAGUUGUCAAAAAUCUGAAUGAACGAUACAAAUUCUGCAUCACCAUGUGCAAGAAACUUACAGAAAAGCUGAAUCGCUUCUUCUCUGACAAACAGAGAUUUAUUGAUGAAAUCAACAGCGUGACUGCAGAGAAACUCAUCUACACUUGUGCUGUAGAAAUGGUUCAGUCUGCCGCCCUGGAUGAGAUGUUUCAGCAGACCGAAGACAUCGUUUAUCGCUACCAUAAGGCAGCCCUUCUUCUGGAAGGCCUCACUAAGAUUCUCCAGGACCCUGCCGACAUCGAAAAUGUACAUAAAUAUAAAACUAGUAUUGAAAGAAGAUUGUCAGCACUCUGUUGUAGCUCUGCAACCCUGUGAGCAGCCACAGGCUCGUCCCUGGACCAGCGGUGGAACUGAGGAGAGAGGUUUGGGAUGACAGUUUGGGUUCUGUUUCCCCAGCCCCAGGAAACCCUAGUCUCCCACCUGGUGACUACCAAAGAACAAGCAUGACUUCAAAAAGGAAAACCACUCAAAAAAACUACAGACUUGUAGGAAAUCUGCCUUAUUGGAGGCGUCAGCCCUUCCCUUUUCUGUGUAGAAGCAGAAGCAGAAUAUUCCACUUGGCUCUCAGUUUGGACGGGAUCAAUAAAAUGGACAUUAGAAAUAGAAUGAUCGGUGCAGUUAUUCCUAAGGAUAAUUAAGAACGGAACAACGUAGGUGGCUCUGUAUUCAGUUCACAAGGGCAGUGUCUGAAAUUCCACGCGUUUACUGAGGUAUAAAGUAAAAAAAUAAAAUAAAAUAAAAUAAAAAUCGACAUCUCAUCCAGGCAGUGUGAUAACUGGGGUCUGUUUGUCUGAACCUGAGCACGCAUCCGUCGACAGCCCAGGAAGAGCAAGCUCGAGAACGAGCUGAGAGAAGGCUCUUGGCAGAAGUGGUGAACUCUUCCAUUUGAUUGAAUAUGGACACAUGUUCAUCUUCCAACUCUUUCAUAUUGCACUAAUUUAUUAAAACAACUGUGUAUUGGAUUUUGCAAUUUAAAACUAACUGAGGCACAAUGGACUUCUUUAAAAUAUUUUACUUGAUUAUGUUAUAUACACACACCCUUUCCAGAAUUCACAUGUAACCUCUAGUGGACUUUUCAAUGGUAAAAACUUGUGUUCGUGUGAACCUUUGCAUUUUUUUAAACUAUCCAUCUGCACAUACAGAUUUUCUCAGUGGUGUUUUUGAGUUGCUGGCCGUUUGCUUUCGGUUGUAUUUUUUAUUGUGCAUGCAGAAUGUGCAUCGAUGCCUGUGAUCUCUAGGUUUACAAAAGGCUAGGUUUAUUUGGGCAGUAUUAGAGAAAAAUACCAACUCGGGAUCCUCUCAAGAAUUUUAAAGGGCCAAAACAAGGUUGGUGACCUAAAGGCUUGUUGGUGAUGUGGAGUUUCUCCAUGAAGUUAGUGACAAAUGAGAUUUGUCUUCUCUUAGGAAGACGGGUGGCUCUUUGCAGCCUAACAUGCAUGGUUCGUGUCCGUCCUGACGGUCCACCAACAGCUGGUCACGGAGAACGCGGGCAGGUCAUGUCCCUCCAGAAAUGGUUCCUGCAUCAUGUAUGGUUUUGUUAUCUUUUCUGCACCUGCUUGAAUACUUGAAUAAACCAUUCUCCAGUUUUAAUCCUUUUAUUUUUACCCUUUUAGGUAACAUAAUCCAAACUCUGACAAAUUGCACAGAAGCUCUUUGGCAUUAAUCUAAUUUUAGGAUACUGAUGCAGACAGACAAAAACAUGGUUUUUCCUUUACUUUGACGAAGUAAUGUAAUUUUUACCUUAUUUAUCUGUAUGAAAUUCCAGCAGUUAAUUUGAACAUUUAUUUAUACAAUGUUUGUAUUUUUAGGUCUUUAAUACAGUGUUUCUACCUCUCAUUUGUAACUGCAUGCAUUCUUCUCGAAACUAGGUAAAACUGACGGAAUCGUUGUGUAAUAGCCUUUUUAUUCUUGCGUGUACAGAUGUAUAUUAAGGUAAAAUAAAACUGACAAAGUGUUUCUAGGGUAAAGCUGGGUCCAUAUUACAUGGCUUGUCAAGCCAGCUCCUUCCUCUGUGAGUCUGGAGGCUUGGGCAUCAAUGUCCUUUGUCCUGCCCCAAGAUUUCGGAUGCUUGGUGACUGUCCUGCCCGCUGCCAUGCUUGGAGGCUACACGAUGGGGUUCCCACCCUUCCCUGCAGGGCUUCCAAACACUGUUACUAGGAAUACUCUGUUUUGUAUCAUUUUUUUCAAGCAUCCCGGGCAAUUUCAUUUAUGUCCUCCUGGUUCUCACCCACAUUAUCUCAAGAGGCCCUCCAAGCAGCUGGGUUCAUUCAGGCCCCUCCGCCCCAUCCCAUCUUUUUUUUUUUUUUGAAUCAGCACAGGAUGAAACAGGUUCACCGCAAGUGAUCGGUCUGAAGUCAGGUAACUAAGGGAAGUAGGUAAGCCAUGCUUUGUGACUCCCAAGUUCGUUCUUCUCCCUCCUGUGUAACAAAGGUCCGUCCCGUGGUAGAUGCCGUGUGUGAAACUGUGACGUGUGGACGGCAGAGAGCAGACUGUAAACUCAUGAAUAAUGGUUCUGAUUCUACCCCCAUUAUCAAGGCCAAUUGUUUCCAGAGAUUUUGCCUUGACUAUAGCAAUAAUAAAUGCUUUAUGUUUC